UAAGUAGUCUUCUUCCAUUUUUUCUCUUUUACAUAUAUGGCUCAUCCAGACACAUUAUUGUAUAUCUGAUCUUGAACUUCUUAGCUACUCUAUCUCAUGGCGCCUUCUUCUUCUUCGCCUCGCAACUGGAGAUACAACGUCUUUGUGAGCUUCCAUGGACAAGAUGCCCGUAAAAGCUUUCUGAGUCAUUUACGCAGGCAGUUUAACGAAAAUGGGAUUACGAUGUUCGAUGAUCAAGGGAUCGAAAGAGGCCAAACCAUCACACCUGCUCUCAAACAAGCGAUUAGGGAAUCAAGGAUCUCGAUCGUGGUGCUCACGAAGAACUAUGCUUCUUCAAGUUGGUGUUUAGAUGAGUUGUUGGAGAUUUUGAAGUGCAAGGAACCAGCCGUAGGACAAAUCGUGAUGACCGUCUUCUAUGGUGUAGAUCCUUCUCAUGUGCGGAAACAAACCGAAGAUUUCGGAAAAGUUUUCGACGAAACAUGUGCUCGUAAAACAGAGGAGGAGCGGCGAGAAUGGAGCCAAGCUUUGACCGUAGCUGGCAACAUAGCCGGUGAAGACUUUAUAAACUGGGACAGUGAAGCGAAAAUGAUGGAGAAAAUUGCAAGAGAUGUUUCAAAUAAACUAAAUGCUACAUCGUCUAGGGAACUUGAUGACAUUGUUGGACUUGAAGCUCAUUUAUUGGAAAUGCUGUCUUUGUUAGAUUUAGAUUAUGAUGGGGUUAAGAUGGUUGCAAUCUCUGGUCCCGCUGGGAUUGGUAAGAGUACCAUUGCCAGAGCGCUGCAUAGUCUACUCUCAAAUGGGUUUCAGCUUAGUUGUUUUAUGGACAACCUUAGAGAAAGCUACCCCACAGGUCUUGAUGAGUGUGGUUUGAAGUUGCGUUUACAGGACCAGCUUCUUUCAAAAAUUUUAAACCAAGAUGAUAUUAGGAUACGCCAUCUAGGUGUGAUCGAAGAAAGGCUACGCUAUAAGAAAGUGCUUAUUAUUCUUGAUGAUGUGAAUAAUAUAAAGCAGUUAGAGGCUUUGGCAAAAGAAACUACAUGGUUUGGUCCUGGAAGUAGGGUUGUAGUAACCACAGAAAACAAAGAGCUUUUGCAGCAACAUGGUAUUGAAAAUACGUAUAAUGUGGGGUUUCCAUAUGAUGAAGGAGCUCUCGAGAUUUUAUGUCGAUAUGCUUUUAGACAAAGCUAUCCACAUAUUGGUUUUAAAAAGCUUGCUAAAAGGGUAACAAAGCUUUGUGGUAACCUUCCAUUGGGUCUCCGUGUAGUGGGUUCCUCUUUACGUGGGAAGAAUGAGGAGGAAUGGGGUGAGAUAAUACGCAGGCUAGAAACUAUUCUUGAUCAUCGAGAUAUUGAAGAAGUACUAAGAGUUGGCUAUGAGAGUUUACAUGAGAAUGAGCAAUCUCUAUUUCUCCACAUUGCUGUCUUCUCCAACUUUAAAGACGGUCAUCUUGUGGAAGCCAUGUUCGCUGACGAUAACUUGGAUAUCAAGUACGGGUUGAAGAUUCUAGCAAACAAAUCACUCAUACAUGUAUUUGACAAUGAAAAAAUAGUAAUGCACAAGUUACUACGACAAGUGGGUAGGCAAGUCAUUCAAAGAGAAGAGCGUUGGAAACGUCGGAUCUUAAUUGAUCCUCAAGAGAUCUGUGAUGUUCUUGAACAUGCCGAAGGUAAAACCGCUGUGUCCGGCAUAUCAUUUGAUAUAUCUGAUAUCGACGAACUGUCUAUAAACCCUAUGGCUUUUAAAAGAAUGCGUAAUCUUCGAUACCUUAGCGUGUACAACAGUAAAAAUGAUGGGAAUAGUAUGAUUGAUAUACCAGAGGCCCUGGAGUUUCCACGUCGUCUAAGGUUACUGCAUUGGAAGGAAUACCCACGCAAGUGUCUUCCUCCUACAUUUCAUCCUGAAUAUCUCGUCGAGCUCAAUAUGAAGGGUAGCCAGCUCGAGCAUCUGUGGCAUGGAAGUCAGCGGAUGACUAAUCUGAAGAACAUGAAUAUGUAUGGUUCUCUGCAUUUGAAGGACCUCCCAGAUCUUUCACAUGCUACAAAUCUUGAGAGAUUGGAUUUGACUAGAUGCGAGAGUUUGGUAGCGCUUCCAUCCUCUAUUGGGAACCUUCACAAACUAGAGAAGUUAUUGAUGCAUAAAUGCAAAAGUCUAGAAAGUGUUCCAACAAAUAUCAACUUGGCGUCUCUUUUGGAUGUUGACAUGGGUGGAUGCUCACGGUUGAGAACCUUCCCAGACAUUUCUACUAAUAUGACGAGUCUCGAUAUAUCAGAGACAGCGGUAGAAGAAGUGCCUGCAUCAAUUAGUAUGUGGUAUUAUCUUUGGUCUCUUUCUAUAAGAGGCACUGGAAAUCUCAAGACCAUAACACAGUUCCACCAAAGUCUAUAUUUGCUAGACUUAAGCUAUACAGAUAUUGACAAAAUUCCAGAGUGCAACAAUGGCCUUGAUGGGGUAGAAUACCUUUAUCUAGCUGGCUGCAGAAGACUCACAUCAUUGCCAGAGCUCCCUGGUUCGCUCAUAUCCCUACUGGCAGAAAAUUGCGAAUCACUGGAGACCGUUUCUUCCCCAUUGAACAUUCCAAAGGCACACCUCAAUUUCACAAACUGCUUCAAAUUGGACCAAAAGACACGAGGAGCCAUUAUGCAACCACGACCGUUUCAUUACAAGUUGGCUAUCUUACCGGGAAGAGAAAUACCUGCAGAGUUUGUUCACCGAGGCCAUGAGACCAUUGGUCCUUUUCCUGCAUCCUCCAGGUGUCAAGCUUGCCUCAGGAUUUCGCGUAACAAUCACAAACAUCCCAUAGAUGAUGUAAAUGUUCAGUUCAGCUAUAGAAUCAUAGGCGAAAGCGGAUAUGCCAUUACUAUAAGCAACGGCGUUGAAGCAUACCCUGGUGAGUCCACAGGAGUUCAAACGGAACAUCUUUGUAUAUUUCAGUGUGACCUGCCUGAAGACGAAUAUAUCCGUCUUAAAUUGGGUAGCGAGAUAUGGUUUGAAUUCAUAAACAGCCCAUUCGAGAGCUGCGAGAUCAUUGAAUGUGGUGUACGAAUCUUGAUGGAGGACGAAGAAGAGAUGAGCAGUGGCAGGAGUAAUAAAUGUGGAUUAGACCAAGUUUCUGGCAGGCGCGAAGUCUUGGAAGAAUCUGACGACGACGACAGUGAUCACACUACAGAUGGACUAUUCAGCUGUGAAUUUGUAUCCACAAUCUUGUUAAACUUUAGCUCUGGACAAGACCAUGAAGCAUCAUUUUCUUUUGCGCAAUUACUUAACUUACACAAAAGUAUCUAAUGAGAUUGUCUCUCUUUAGUUAUUUUAUUACACUUUUCCUUUUUUUUUCACUAAAAUCAUUCCUCCUAAUCUUUACCUUUUGAAACAAUUAAUAGUAAAUGAUCUGAUUAAACAUUCG